AUGACGCUUAUCCCGGCUCGCAAGGCCGUCGCCUUCACCGUCGAAGCUGGCCAAGAGUUGAAAAUCACAAACACCUUUGGCAAGCAGGUCCUCGACUUCUGGGCCUUCAAUCCCAAUGAUGCAAACGAUUUCCUGUCCAUGGUCCACACCAGGACCGUUCUACGCAAAGUCUCACUUGCCCAGGGCGACAAACUCUACAGCACGCGCAGGAAGCCCAUUUUGACCCUAGUAGCAGAUACGACAAAGGGCGUGCACGACAUGAUUUGGUCGGCCUGCGACGUGGAGAGGUACCACAUGCAGGGUGUUGAAGGGUAUCACGACAAUUGCACUGAUAACAUGCACGAGGUCCUGCGAGACAAGUUUCCCGACUUCCCAAUCGCUGCCGACUGGGUGCCCGACCCCCUCAACCUGUUCAUGAACAUCGCCAUUGACCACCACGGCGGCCUCGACAUCCGUCCGCCCACCAGCGAAAGAGGCCAAUACGUCAUCAUCAAAGCUGAGGCUCGUCUCCUCAUUGUCAUCAGCUCAUGUCCUCAGGACAUCGACCCCGUCAACGCCGGCACGCCCACAGACUGCGACUACGAAAUCCUUGGCGCUCCUGCAUCUGCCGAACCAUCAUCUCUGGCAAUUGCACCGUCCUUUCUGCCUACCCGACCGCCACCCAGAAAGGUCAAGGUCGCUCUUUCGGUCGACUUUGACGCCGUGUCGCAUUGGCUCGGCACGGGCUGCCACGCGGACAACAACAUGGCCGACUACUCCUCCGGCAUCUUCGCCGGCCAGGUCGGCGUGUACCGUCUUCUGGGCAUGUUCCAGAAGAACGGCAUCGCUGGCAAGACCACCUGGUUCAUCCCGGGCCACACCGCCGAGACCUUCCCUGCGGCCGCGAGGGCCGUGCUCGAGUCCGGGGCCGAGAUUGCGCUUCACGGGUACGCGCACGAGGGCAUCGCACAGAUGACCGAGGAGCAGGAGAGGGACGUCCUUCUCAAGUGCAUCGAGGUGGCAGAGAAGCUCACCGGCAAGAAGCCUCGCGGCUACCGCGCCCCCAUGUACACCAUCCGCGAAAGCACCGUCAAGCUCCUCCGCGAGCACGAGUUCCUCUACGACUCGUCACUCAUGCACCACGACUCACAGCCGUACUUCACUCCCGCCGACCCCCCGGUCAAGCCCAUCGACUUCAGCCUCCCCGCCUCUUCCUGGCUCGAGCCCUCCCCAAUCGCAGCCCAGGGCUACCCGGCCGCGGGGCUGCACCCGCUGGUGGAGCUGCCGUGCGGCUGGUACAACGAGGACAUGAUGCCGAUGAUGUACCUGCCGCACCUGGCAAACAGCAUGGGCUACGUGUCGACGCGCGUGGUGGAGCAGAUGUGGAAGGACAAGUUCACCUGGCUCUGGGAGGAAGGCUGCAAGGAGGGCGGGGAGGCGAUGGACUUUGUCUUUCCGAUUCUGGUGCAUCCGGAUGUGAGUGGGCUAGCGCAUGUCAUCGGCAUGAUUGAUAGGUUCAUCCAGUGGGUAAAGGGCUUUGGAGAGGCGGUUGAGUUUUGUAAGUGUGAGGAUAUUGCCGAGGCAUGGUUGGCCGAGCAGCAGAAGAAGAAGAGAUAA